GAUUCCAUUACAAAUAUGGGACGCACUACGUGAUUUACGAAAGAAAAAAAGAUACAUUUUAAUUAAAAACAAGUUGGCUGUAUAAACUUGUUUUAAAAUGAGGCAGUUAAUGUAUAUAAUACUGAGGGUUGGUGUCAUUUCCUUUCCCACCCCUUUGCUGAUCAGAAUGAAGUGACCAACUCCCCCUUUCUUCUCUUGGCACAGCCCCAUUCCAGCUGAUCUGCCCUGCUUCCCGGUGCACAUACGCGGGAUCGUUCGUGGUCGUGUUACCGUCCAAUUCCUCUUCUAUCCGCGCCUGACGGCUUCUGUAGUCGUCCGGGACGGCGAGAACACUUGAUGGCCUUCGGGUUUCUGGACCUCGGACCGUCUUUGUGAAGCGUAAUUUCCAACGCCCGGUUUUGGCUUGAGUCCCAUAACGGAUAGGCCGCUUCUUCGUCCUCGGUUUAAACUAUGGGGGACACGGGCAGUGAGCGCAGCAAGCCGCCCAGUUUACCGCCCCGAUGUCCCUGUGGAUUCUGGGGUCCUUGGGGAUUCAGGAAAGAUUCUUCAGGAGCAUCUCUAACCAUCUAAAAGUUGCAGGAAGUAGCAUAAGCAAUUUGUUGUGUGUUACUGCCCCCUACAAAUUCUGCACUAAUAUAUAAGAAAUGAGAAUGUACAGCUCCAGCAAGAUGAGGAACCUCUGCUCCAAAUGCUUUGCAAACGUACAGAAGAAGCAGCUGGAUGAGGACUGUGCUCCAGGACCCAGCCCCAGCUCUGGCAGCAGUCAGUCCUCAGCCUUUAGCAGUGACAUCAGCAGCAGCAGCAGUAGCCAUUCGCUCCCAUCAGACCCCAUCAAGUUAGAGCAGAUGACAGCAGAAGACAAAGCAACCAUAUUAAUGCCCGUUCAGGAGAAAGUUUCCAGCACAGACACAGGCUCGGCUACGCUGCUGACAGCCUCCAAACGGCCUCACGACUCAGACACGGGGCCAGAAGAGGAGGCGACGGCGGCGAAGAGGGCGAGGCCCAGUGAGGAGGGUGCGUCCCACGGCGGGCAGAAGCAGAGGAGCCGGCGGCGAUGCCACUGCUGCCAGAGCAAACUGGAGCUGGUGCAGCAGGAGCUGGGCCUGUGCCGCUGUGGUAACGUCUUCUGCAUGCUGCACCGUCUACCCGAGCAACACGACUGCCGUUUCGACCACCUGGGUCGCGGUCGCCAGGAGGCCGUGCUUAAGAUGGUAAAGCUGGAUCGCAAGGUGGGCCGGUCAUGCCAGCGCAUCGGGGAGGAGUGUUCCUGAGUGGAGCAGAGACAGAGAAAUAAAGGAAAAAGAGGAUGGGCAGGUUCUCCUGAUCCACUUUGACUGGGCCGUGGCCCAGCUCUGUAUGACUCUUAACUCCAAAACUCCCCCCUCCCUCCUUAGCCCCCAAGCAGAUGCAGCUUAGAACACCUGUAGCCUGAGAUGCACCCUCCAUCCUGGUCACACGGUUUCCGUGGGACACCCUGACUGGACCCGGCAUCUGAUCUCACUCAGCCUUAACUUCAGCAUGGACCCUGUGAAGGAGCUGACCCUAGAUCCUACUGCUUUUUCUCCAUGGAGUAAAAAGUGACAAACUUCAAAAAAUAACUGCAGAUGCAAACUUUCUGGAGGUGGAGGAACAGGGAACAGAAUGCAUGCUUGUUCGUGGCCCUAAGUGGGAAUUGACCCCAUGCCUCUGAAGCUGGCUUAUAGCACACACCCCCCAGGUCGUCCUGGAUGCACCUGACAUGGAAUGGUGCCUGGAAGCCCUCUUGUUCUGUGUCGGCCAGGCUAGGGUCAUCACCUUCCCAGGGUGUCAUUUUGGUUGUAUCACUGGUGCACUUUGUCACAGUGUCUGGCAAUCAGUCUGCACCCAACUUCCGAAAGUGAGCGAGACCAUCGACACUCUGUCCUGUCUCAUUUUAUGGAUGGGUUGGACUGUUUCACCAUUGAAGGCAAGGCUCUUAGAGUCAAAGGGCAUUUUGUCCCUGGUCUCUCUCUCUCUCUCUCUCUCUCUCUCUGCCGAUGAGUAAUGGACUUCAUGCCACAUAAUGGGAAUGAGGUACACGUGUACAGAUGAACAUCAGCCUGCUUUCUGGCUGCCUUCUAGAGUGUCUUUGUUGUACAUGUGGAUGUUAGCGAGUCUUCGGGGGCUGGUCACACAGGGAGGAUGAAUGUGCACCACAUGGUACCACAUUGAUUGGUCAGACCUGGUUGAUGUGCUGAUGAACUCCACCAGAACCGGCGUAUGCAAGACAUUAACCGCCUUUUAUUCAUUUGGAAUGCGUGCUCUAAACUGCAUUUGUCAAGAGUGGGUGACUUUCUUUCUCCUUCCUCGUUUACUGGUUUUGGUCCAUUCACCGUUUCUUUGAAUAUGAAGUACGUUUGACAGUGGCUGCUGUUCUACCAUUAUAUUCAGGAAAUGCUCUAUUUUGAUGCUGGAUGCUGGUGAGGAGGUUGGUGGUAAAUCACAGUAAGUAGUACUGAUGCGGAUUUCAGUAUGAAAUAUAUUUGGAUCAGUUGAGUUAAGCUGCAGAAUAAAGGCUUGUGAUGAAGACCAGCAGCUUGUCAGGAAGCUGGCAGGAGUUGGACGCCCGCUGUCCUGAAAUGCCUCGCUCACGCCACCCUGCCUUACUUGGUCUCCUGUCCUCUUCGGCUCCUGUUCCCCGUGAGGAGCGAGCGCUGCCCUCUUAGCUCUGACCUCUUCUCCCGGCCCGGUCGGGGUCCUACACUGCUUUAGGAGGGGCUGGAGAAGGAUUUUCAGCUUUUUUUGGUGAGAGCUGUACUCACAACACAGAAUGACCUUAUUGUCACCCAGCAUCUUAAAGGAUAACUCUUAUUUAACACUUGUGUUUAAUUACUUGUUUUAUUUUUGUUUCAGAUUUACAGUAGCACAUACCUGCAUUUUGGUUAAAUUUGUGAACUAGAACUGUUCUGGAACUUUCUUUGCUUUUUGCCCUUUUUUCUUUGCUUAAAAAGGUAAAUAAACUGGAUUGACACUU